CAGGGCUCCCUGGGGAGGGCUGUGCCAGGCAGCGAGCCCGAAUUGGGGUGGGGAGGGCAGCAGAGAUGCAGGAGGGAGCCCUGGCCACCUUCCCCCACCUUCUGAAGUGACCUGGGUCUCGCAGAGCCAGACUGCCGACCCCCCGAACCAGCCUUGGUGCUGCUUCCUCCUAAAGUUUGCUGGGGUGGCCUGGCCUUCUGGAGGUCAGGGAUCAGGGACUCUCAGAAGGGAAGUCACAGUGGAUUCCACACCCCACAUCUUGGUGCAGCCCAGGCCUCCAUCCCCCGCUCUCUCUGGCCGCCGGUACCCAGGAGGAUGGACACCAACGGGGGCCUCCCAGCCAUCGAGAGCCACAGGGACCUCCACAUAUGGAUCACUGAGAACCUGAAGAUGGUGCCAGUCCCCGAGCGGGCUUAUGGGAACUUCUUUGAGGAGCACUGCUAUAUCGUCCUGCACAUGCAAACACCUGGGCCCUCGGUCCACCAGAGCCUGAAGGCCACGUCGGGGGCGCCCAAAGACCUGCACUACUGGGUCGGGAAGGAGGCGGGUGUGGAGGCGCAGGGUACGGCAGGCUCCUUCGUGCAGCACCUACAGGAGACGCUGGGUGGCGCCACCGUGCAGCACCGCGAGGCGCAGGGCCACGAAUCCGCCUGCUUUCGCAGCUACUUCCGCCCUGGAAUCAUCUACCGGAAGGGAGGCCUGGCCUCUGCCCUCAAGCAUGUGGAGACCAACGUGUACAACAUCCAGCGACUGCUGCACAUCAGAGCGGGGAAGCACGUGUCAGCCAGCGAGGUGGAGCUCUCCUGGCACAGCUUUAAUAAGAGUGACAUCUUCCUGCUAGACCUGGGCAAGAUGAUGAUCCAGUGGAAUGGGCCCAAAACCAGCACUGCCGAGAAGGCGCGGGGCCUGGCCCUGACCCGCAGCCUCCAGGACAGGGAGCGUGGUGGCCGUGCACAGAUUGGCGUGGUGGGUGAUGAGGCUGAAGCCACUGACCUCAUGCAGAUCAUGGAAGCUGUGCUGGGCUGCAGAGUGGGCAACCUGCACACCGCCACGCCCAGCAAGAGUAUUGACCAACUGCAAAAGGCCAAUGUCCGCCUCUACCAUGUCUACGAGAAGGGCAAGGAUGUGGUGAUCCAGGAGUUGGCGACCUGCCCACUGGCCCAAGACCUACUGCAGAAGGAGGACUGCUACAUCCUGGACCAGGGUGGUUUCAAGAUCUACGUGUGGCAGGGAUGCAUGACUAGCCUCCAGGAGAAAAAGGCUGCCUUCAGCAGGGCUCUGGGCUUCAUCCAGGCCAAGGGCUACCCGAGCUACACCAAUGUGGAGGUGGUGGACGAAGGCGCCGAGUCGGCCGCGUUCAAGCAGCUCUUCCGAUCGUGGUCCGGGCAGCAGCGCAAGAACAAGCACCUCCGCGGAAUGGGUAAAUUACUUCAGGUGAAACUGGACGUGGGCAAGCUGCACAGCCAUCCUGAGCUGGCGGCCCAGCUCAGGAUGGUGGACGACGGCUCUGGGAAGGUGGAGGUGUGGUACAUCCAGGACUCAUGCAGGCAGCCAGUGGACCCCACGCAUCACGGACAGCUGUGCGCAGGCAACUGCUACCUUGUCCUCUACACAUACCAGAAGAUGGGCCUCAUCCAGUACCUCCUGUACCUGUGGCAGGGCCUCCAGGCCGCCGCACACGAGAUCAAGGCCCUGAAGGGCAACGCCGAGGAGCUGGACCUCCAGUACCAUGGAGCCCUGGUGCAGGAGCACGUGACCAUGGGCAGCGAGCCCCCUCACUUCCUCACCAUCUUCCAGGGCCAGCUGGUGAUCUUCCAGGGGAGCGCUGGGCACAAUGGGAAGGGGCAGCCAGCGUCCGCCACAAGGCUCUUCCACGUACGAGGCACCGACAGCUACAACACCUGGACCCUGGAGGUGCCAGCCCGUGCCUCAGCCCUCAACUCCAACGACAUCUUCCUGCUGGCCACAGCUGGCCUCUGCUACCUCUGGUUUGGGAAGGGCUGCAGCGGUGACCAGCGUGAGAUGGCACGGACAGUGGUCACCGUCAUCUCCAGGAAGGACAAGGAAAUGGUGCUGGAGGGUCAGGAGCCUCCCCACUUCUGGGAGGCCCUGGGGGGCCGGGCGCCCUACCCCAGCAGCAAGAGGCUCCCCGAGGAUGUGUCCGACUUCCAGCCACGACUGUUUGAGUGCUCCAUCCAGACGGGCCCCCUGGUCCUCACGGAAGUGGUGUUCUUUAGCCAAGAGGACCUGGACAAGUAUGACGUCAUGUUACUGGACACCUGGGAGGAGAUCUUCCUGUGGCUGGGGGCAGCUGCGAGCGAGUGGAAGCAGGAGGCCGUGGCCUGGGGCCGGGAGUACCUGAAGACCCACCCAGCAGGGAGGAGCCUGGCCACGCCUAUCCUGCUGGUCAAGCAGGGCCACGAGCCUCCCACCUUCACUGGAUGGUUCCACACGUGGGACCCCUACAAAUGGACCAACAAUCAGUCUUAUGAGGAGGUGGUGGAGGGCGGCCUGGGAGCAGUAUCUGCCAUCUCAGAGAUAACAGCAGAGGUCAACAACUUCCAGCUGUCCAGAUGGCCAAGCAAUGGCAGGGCAGGCCCGUUGGCCCUGUGGGCCCUCAAGGGCUCCAAGGACAGCUCCGAGAACGAGCUGGAGCUGGGCCCCAAGGCGGGCAGCGGCAGCAGCAGCCCCGGAUCCGUGGCCAGCGGGAGCCUGCCCCGAGAACAGCUGAGGCACCAGGCUGUUGAGGACCUGCCGGAGGGUGUGGACCCGGCCCACAAGGAGUCCUAUCUCUCAGACUCUGAUUUCCAAGAGAUCUUUGGGAAGUCCAAGGAGGAGUUCUACAGCAUGGCCAAGUGGAGGCAGCAGCAGGAGAAGAAGCAGCUCGGCUUCUUCUGAACCCCGGCCCUGCCGGCUCCAUCUACGUGGCCACGAUGCCUGCCUGCAGGCAUCUCCCCUACACAUAUAUGAGACCCCCGGGGAGGCCCUCCUGGCGCACCCUGCUUGGAGACUCCUGGGUCACUAAAAUAAAAGCCUGUGGCCUUCACAA